UCCGUUUCCUGUUGGAAUAAGGGCCAAUCCAAGGCUGGAAGGCGGCGCUUUGGGGAGAAGUCGCCGAGCCUGCGUUACGGCCUGACGGGAUGGCUUGUUCGCGGGACUGGGCGCCGGAGGGGAGAAAGGACCACCAGGACUAUAUUUUGGAACCACUUUCCCUGCCAGAAAAUCCAGGUGGCAUUUCUGCUGAAGAAGAAUCUUCAUCUGUGCCUUGUCUAUUCUGUGAAGAAUAUUAUCUAAUAUCAGAACAAAAUCAAAUUCUGAAACACAUGAUCAUAAAACACAAACUUGUCAUAUCAGAUGUCAAGCUGAUUGCAGAUUUUAGAAGGUAUGUAUUGUACUGGAAGAAAAGAUUCACAGAACAGCCAAUUGCUGACUUCUGUUGUAUAAUAAAGACAAACUCUGAAGCAGCUUUAGAGGAUCAGGACAAUUAUUUUCUUUUAUGUGAUGCCUUACCUGAAGACAGAGAACUAAGGGAGAAACUUCAACAACAAAGACUGAAAGAUAUUCUAGAUCAACAGCAGCAAGAAAGAUAUGAUGCAGAUUUUCAUGGCAUAUGCAUGUUUUGUGAUCAUCUUUUUUUGGGUAACAGGUCAGUCCUUCUCAAUCACAUGGCAAAAGAUCAUGCAUUCAAUAUUGGCUUGCCAGAUAACAUUGUGAACUGUAAGGAGUUUUUGAAUGUUCUUCAGAAAAAAAUUGACAGUUUCCAAUGUUUAUACUGUGAAAAAACAUUUGCAGAUAAGAACAAAGUCAAGGACCACAUGAGGAAGAAGCAACAUCGUAAAAUCAAUGCUAAAAACCAAGAAUAUGACAAAUUUUAUAUUAUUAAUUAUUUGGAAUUUGGGAAGUCCUGGGAACAGGUUCAAUCAGAAGAUGAUCGAGAAUUGUUCCACAAUCAAGAAGAAGACUGGUCUGAUUGGGAAGAACAUCCUGUUUGUGCAGUCUGUCUCUUCUGUGAAAAGCAAACUGACACCACAGAAAAACUCUAUGUUCACAUGCAGGAGGCUCAUGGAUUUAACUUAUUAAAAAUUAAGUCUGAGCAUGAUCUGAAUUUCUAUCAACAAGUAAAACUAAUGAAUUACAUCAGGAGACAGGUGCACCAGUGUCAGUGUUUUAACUGUGAGAAAAAAUUCCAGUUGAAAGAAGAGUUAAUAUGUCAUUUGGAAGAUAGCAAACAUAUAGCAGUUCUGCCUGACAGAUCUGUUUGGGAUCAACCACAGUACUAUUUUCCUACCUAUGAAAAUGAUACUCUUCUCUGCUUACUUUCUGACAAUGAGGAUGAACUGACAGCUGAAAAACAAACAGAUAACAUACCUGUCAUUAGUGAAGAUGUUUCCAAUAUAGAGACUUUGAAACAGAACAGUAUAUUAAAUGAGCUUCUUCACGAGGAGUUAAAUAACACAGAAACAUAAUUACAAUGAAAAAAAUCUUAAUAACUGGUUUUCAAAUUGAAAAAAGGGUAAAAUAUUUGGGUAUUACUAUGUCCAAUAUGAAUGGUAUGUUAUUUCAACAUAAUUAUAUUACAGUAUGGAAUGAAAUUAAGAAAGAUCUGUUAAGAUGGAAAAAGAUGAAAUUUAUCCUUGGAGAUAAAAAUAAAAGUGUUACCUAUAUACAGUGUUGUUUUUAUUUCAAACAAUACCAAUUUUGAAAAUGAUGUGCCUUUUAAACAACGGCCAAGUUAUUAUCUAGAUUUCUAUGGCAGAGAAACAAACCAAAGAUUAAAUAUAAAUUCUGCAGGAUACCAAAGACUGAUUAGGAUUACCUGAUUUUUGCAGUAUGUUGUUUUGGUUGGAUGAAAGAAUGGGACCUCCUGAGAAAUAAAAUAAUGAAGUUUGUCGGA